ACCACAAUGAACGACUCGAUUGCCAGUAAUAUGGCUCAUCAGAAGAAACGCCCAUGUUUGGAGGAGAAAUCUGAGCGUGGUGAGUGUGCGCAGGAUCCAUUGUGGAAACCGGAAGGGAAAGUGUAUAGCCCGGGUGUUGUGGGUCUUCAUGAGGAAAUCAUAGAUUUUGUGAAUUAUGUUUGUCCAUCGCACGAAGAACAUUGGGUGCGGGAGAUAAUUAUCUCAAAGGUGCGGAACGUCAUUUCUUCCCUGUGGACUGAAUGCAAGGUUGAGGUUUUCGGGAGCUUUAGCACUGGUCUUUAUUUGCCCACGAGUGAUGUGGAUAUAGUCCUGUUUGGCAAGUGGGCGCAGCUGCCCUUAGGUACCCUGGAACGGGCGCUGAAGGAGAACAACUUCGCUACUGAUAUUAAGGUCCUAUCAAAGGCGACAGUGCCGAUUGUGAAGUUUACGGACGCUGACACUGGACUGCAUGUUGAUAUAAGCUUCAAUAUGACAAACAGUGUACGCGCCGUAAAAUUUGUGCAGAUGUAUCUUGAGAUUUAUCCCUGUCUUCGUUACCUCGUCUUCACACUGAAGCAGUUCCUUCUUCUGCGUGAGCUUAACGAAGUUUGGACUGGAGGUCUCAGUUCUUAUGCUCUUAUAUUGAUGUGCAUAAGUUUUUUACAGCAAAACGCUAUGAAGAACGAGAGCAUAAAUUCCAGAAACUUGGGAACUCUGCUUUUGGAAUUUUUCGAGUUCUUCGGGAUUCACUUUAAUUACAAGACAACGGGAAUCAAAUUUUCAGACCACUGUUCUUUUAUUUCCAAGGAUUUGUUUAUGAAAGGGAUGGAUCGCGAUCAAUAUCCCCCCCUACUGUGCAUUGAGGAUCCCCUUUGUCCGGGAAAUAACGUUGCUAGGCGUUCCUAUUCAUCGUAUAGGGUUUUGGACGCAUUCAAGCACGCCUAUCUUACGUUAACUGGUGUUUUGCGCACUAAUGCUGAGAGGGUUGGGACGAUAUUAUCGUCCAUAUUGCAUGUACCGCCGGGUACUUUGGACUCCAGGAAGCGUGUGAGGGCUUACGCUCUGCUGAUGUACCAACUAAUGCCGUCUUUUCUUGUGCAUAGCAGCAAUCCUGGAUGUACUCCCUUGCAUUUAGAGCAGUCAUCAUCUAGGACUUCUUCUACCCAAUCCUCGGACUGCUCAGACGAUCAAAUUAAUAACGCUAGUUCUGGGACAAAAGCGCCAAUUAUUGUGUCUGCACGCGGACUCAGCACUCGUCCUCCUGCUUUUUUACGCGCGCCUACUAGCGCUGAUAUGUUAUACCUCUCUGCCAGAAUCCCACCGUACGCCUAUCCUCACAACCCUGUUUUCUAUGAUUCCAUAUGCUUACAUAACCAAAACUCGUCAAACGGGGCGCAUCUCGUUCAAAAACCUGUUUUUGUUAUGUUUUCCCACUCUGCAUUUACGCCAAUGUCAGGCCCUAUUAUUUUUUCCCCCUAUUUCCCUACCCACACAUCCUCCCCACCAGUAGAUGGUGGGUCUGCUGCAAUGUCUUGCACUGUGCUGGACGGUGGCUCUGACUGUGACGAAAUACUUUCAGAAUCGGAAUUUCAUGAACUACAUGUUUCUGAUGUGACUUCGCCGGAAAUCGGAGAAGUCUAUCGGGAUAUUGAUGCAGCUGAUCGAACCUUCAAAGGUGGGAGAUCGGUGUCAGCAUCGAACACAUGUUCUAACUUGGUGAAACAGUUGGCACCUUUGCGUCUGUUUUCAUCUGAGCAAAAUGUAUCCUGUAUUCGAGAAAAUCAGGAUCUCAGCUCGCCAUGCCGCUUGUCGUCUUCAUCAAUGAUGCCGUCGUCGUCGUCAACGGCCUCCAGCAGGAAAUCGAAAGACUCCAAGAACUGCGAACAAAUGGAAGCAGAGUUACCCCAGUCUCAAACUCCUCAACCUUCACAAGCCAGAGGGGGGAAGUCUUCCCGAAGAAGACGUCGCUUAGUGCGUAAAGCUGGAGGGGUUGACUCUGCACUAGACGGUUCCAGUUUCGCUGUUGCCACACCCGAGAUUCAUGCUCCUCCUCGGGCAAACGGUUGUUGCCUUUCGAGCAAUGAAGAGGCUGAGGAAGGUGGAUUCACGUGUCAAUCGGUACACCAGAUGAAAAGAAGGUGCUCCCAACUUCGCUCUGGUGGAAAUUGUCACGAAGGGAAAAUUGAUGGAAUGGUCACGGUUUCCGAGACUACGCGUGGGCAUGCAAAAGCCUGGUCUUCGUUUAAGAAUUCAAUUCGCAUGGACUCGACUAGCCCGGAGCAGGGCAAUAUAGCAUGCGAGAGGUUGGGCAAUUUACUUAUGGCUUCACCCAAUCCUCUUCCUGUGUCUAAGACUGCAAAGAAGCAGCAACAAUCAGCGACUAAAAGUAGUAUUACUUCCCUCAAACGUCCGGCUGUAAGUAGGCCACGUUCGAAUAGGGCCUAA